AUGCCUCGCUCCCAGAAUCAAUACCAUUACUACCAUGGUCAUGAAAGUGGACCCGAUGGAGUCCAUGACCAUGAACCCGAAUGUCCUUUCUUUGAAGAGAGUCCUCCAGAGGUCUACCAGUCCACCAAGCUACCAUUUCUCCACUCCUCCACUUCCCUCUCGAAAAGCUUCGACAACAUCCUAGGUCCAGGCACUAUGUCCAUAGUGGAAAGCCACGCCGAAGGGGAUGCCUGCGAUGUCGCCAUCGGCGGAUUUGAAAGCGUCCGCGGCCGUUCAAUGUACGGACAACUCCUCAAUUUCCGCAACGAGCAUGACCACCGUGUCAAACUCUUACUAAACGAGCCCCGUGGCUGGAAUGGUAAGAAUGCCAUUUUCCUUCUCAAGCCCAUUGCCCAUGAUUCAGAGCGCAGUCUGAUUAUAGUGAAGAAUGAUGCAUACGUCCCCUUUUCUGUGUCGAGUAUUAUAUGUGCUACUAAUGUGCUAGCUGAGCUUCCGCAUGCUGGUGGACCAGUGCCACGGGUGCCGUUUCAUAGGUAUGUUUUUGAGACUGGGGCGGGGAAAGUGAUGGCUCAGGCGAAUUUCACCCAGACUCCUGAUCGGAGGUAUAGGUGUGAUUCUGUAACUGUUUAUUGUGUGCCUUCGUUUGUAUUGGAGCUUGGUUUUAUGGUCCAAGCUCCCGGUUUGGGGGCUGUGAAAGUUGAUAUCGCCUAUGGGGGUGUUUUCAGUGCGUUUGUGGAUGCCAAGUCGGUGGGGUUGAGACUUCAAAGGAAUCAAGGCGAGGAGUUGGUACGAAUUGGGGAGCGUAUCAGACGCGCAUUGGCGAAUUGUGGUCUGGAGGUUUAUCAUCCUAAAGACCAUGCCAUCCGGGGUAUCACCAAUAUCGUGUUCAUUGAGCAGGUUGAAGAAGAUGGGGUGCGAAAGAUAGGUCUGAGUGCCACGGUGAUGUCUCCUGGUCGCCUGGUCCGCAGUCCUUCGGGUACAUCGACUUGCGCUUGGCUUGCUAUUCAGCAUUGCCGUGGUGAGAUUGCGAGCGAGACCUUUCAGAGUAACAGCUUGCUUGGAACCCGGUUUUUUGGUCGUGUCCGCGGUGAGUUGAGAGUGGGAAGAUAUAACGCGAUAUAUACUUCUAUCCAGGGAAGAGCCUGGGUCACUGGCUUCAAGCAAGUUGCUCUAGACCCGAGUGAUCCUUUCAGGGUGGGGUUUCGUGGUGCAGACCAAUGGGGCCCGGGUGGAGAUAAGGACAAGGAGGAGGAGGCUGAGGAGAGGAAAGAAGAAGAAGACAUAUUUGGUCUGGGAAUAUGCUUUGACUCAAUAAACUUGCAUGAGGAAGUGAUCUCAGACCAAGAUGUUACACAAGCAGACUACGAAUCCGCUAAUGAUGCUUUAGGGAAGACAUUUUGA